AUGGCUACUAUGGAUGCGACAGGUACGCUAUUUUGUAUUUGCAAUCGUAACUGCUGUAGAUGCUGUCACAAAGGCAAACAUAUUGCGAAUCGCAUGACAUUCCGGCAGUACAGUGGCCGUCUGCGUGAUGACAGGUCGUUUAGGUUGCGAAGUCAGAGACCGCAUCAUAAGGGCUGAUCUCCCUUCGAUGAUUUGCCCAUCGACAUGGUUGCCUGUUUCCCAAUUGACUACAUGCACCAAGUCUGCCUCGGUUUUAUGCGAAAAUUGUUGCAUACUUGGGGACUUGGUUUUGGGUGGCCACUCUGUGUCAUUAAACGCAUCUAUUAAGCUAUGCUGCCACUGUUUACCGACAGAGCUUUCACGCCAAUGUAGAACGCUUGACUUCCUGGAGUUUUGGAAGGCUGCCGAAUAUCGGCAAUUCCUCCUGUACAUAGGCCCCGUUGUUUUGUCCCCGUAUUUAGACGGACCCCGUUAUAAUCAUUUUUUACAGUUUUCCGUGGCAGUGUACAUAUUUUGUCACCCAACCUUGCAUAUAUCUUGUGGUGAUUAUGGCCGCCAACUUUUAUGUAAUUUUGUCUAUAAUUUUUCCACAUUUUAUAAGCCAUCUGAUCUUGUUUACAAUGUCCAUUCUCUACUCCACUUGUACGAUGACGUCGUUCGGUUUGGGGUGCUGAAUAAUUUUUCAGCAUUUCCAUUUGAGUCUUUUUUACGACACGUUCGUGGUAGCAUAAAAGGGCCCACUAACAUAGCCGCACAAGUGUACAGGCGUUUUUCAGAAAGACGCUUGUCUGAACAGUCUACACGCGAGGUUAGUUUGCGAAUAUGUCUGCAAAGGAAAAUUAGCGGUACAUAACAUGGUAGCACACCUGAUCCUCUUGCCCCUACCCAACUGGCGCGGCCCGGAACUGGAGGGAUUGUCAGUAUUCUCUGCUCUCCGCGCCGCCUGUCAGACUUUUUGCAGCGUUCGGCCACUUCUUAGUACCUUGACGGCGUACGCCUUAGUACCAUCCGGUGGCCGCUGGCUGUUCUUCAGCAAAAUGCUGCGAUGCCUGUGCUUUUUAGGCCAUAGUACGCUGCCCGCGUUGUAGAACCAGGCUUCAGCCACUACCGCCACAGAUUUGUCGUUAAAAAAUUCCACCAUGGAAUACUGCUUCACCAAAGUCUUCGGCACGUUUAUAAGGCCCCAUCUCAAAUAUGCUAUUCAGGUCUGGAGACCGUGCUCGAAAGGGUGCAGAGACGAGCAACAAAAUUAAUAAGAGGUCCAAGUGCACUGCCAUAAGAGAUCCGCUUAACUAACCUUAAUCUCUAUCCUCUGAGUUAUAGGCAGUUGCGCGGAGACAUGAUACAAACUUUCCGUAUCGUGCGCGGCUUGGAUUGUGCCCUUCGGCGCGAUGACUUUUUCCAACUCGCCACUACAACUCACCUCCGGGAACAUCCCUUCAGGCUACGUGUGCCACAGGAUAGACUGAAUGUUAGAAAAUAUGUCGGCGGAAGCCAAACAGGCAGUCACAGUGAGAAUUCCUCUCUAGGCGGGUCGGGUACAACGGGAUGGCGGUUUUGAGGGGAAGAACGGGCGGGGUAAACGGCAGAGGGCACUGGAUUGGCAGUUGGAUGCCGAAAAAAUGUUGGAAAUCGCAGAAAAAUAAUUAUUUGUUUUAAUGAAGUCAAAAAUAGGGGAGGAUGGCGCGCAAAUAGGAAAACCGUAGACAAUGCUCAAUCGAAGGUGGGCUGGCCGGGGACGUGAUGCGAUUGGCCGCAGGGGCGAGUAAACCUGAACCGCCAAGCGGCUAACCAAUGGGAUCCAUGGCGCCGCACUUGAAAGUGGUGUGCGUUAGAUGGACACGAAGCAUACGAUGCGCAAGAAGGACGCGGGCGGACAGCGGUGUACUGCGGUUGGGUAAGAGUAUUUGAAUAAAGUGCUUAUGACAAUUGCGUCACUUCCCAGCCCCUUACUAACCCCCUCCCUAUUUGGUAUAUCGGUGAUCUCUACCGCAUGCACCGUUUAAUACGCAUAACGCGAAAGAUGGUUAGGAUACCUGGACGUACUCCAACGCCACCGCACCAGCCUACAACAAGCUAGCGAACUCCCGAAGGUGGCGGCCGCUGUGUGUAUUUUCGAUGUUUUAUGAGAUUUAUAAGUAUCCAUAGUGGGAGCAGUUUGUAGAACUACGUAACCCUUCUAUGGUUAAAUUUAACCACAGAGCGUACUGCCGGGUAGGUUUAAGUUGUGUGAGAAAAAUGCAGACACAGUUACGGUAUGUCCGAGUAGUUAGCGCGGACCGCGUGAUGGUCUAAUAUCUAUAAGCAACCGGUAAUUCAACUCAACCUCAUUCUUAGGUGUACUAUGAUAUAUGUAGGCACACAUAAGGGAAAAAGAGGGGUAGGAGAUAUGUAUAAGUCGACAUCAGCAGUAUCGUAAACUCCUACUGUUUUAUACCUAGGUCGUCACCGAAUGCAGGCGGACGUAGGCGCGGUCCUCAGUUGAUUACACCGACGGCCGAGGACGAAAUACAAGCUGUCCUUCAAUCAGCAGGUGUCGUUCAGUACCUGCAGCGGUGGAGGUUGCUGGCCACCACCCUAGCCUGCCAAUGUCGGCGUACUGUGCAGAUGCAAGUGUUGCGGCAGCAUGCGGACGGUUAUGCAUUCCGUUGUGGACACUGCAGACGGAGGCGGUGCCUGCGGACGGGGUCAAUGUUCGUUGGUAGUAAGCUCAGCCUGCAGACACUGAUGCGUAUAUGCUACAAGUUUGUCGAAGGUGUGCGUGCCAAGCGGUGUGCGGCAAGUGUAGGUGUCAGUAGAAAUACGGCCAUGGAAUGGUACGGCAUUUGCCGGGGGGCCUGCUCACACGCACUUCUAUCCGCCGUAACCCAGGCGUGGAAGUACAAAUAGACGAGACGCUCAUAAGUCGCCGCAAGUAUAACAGAGGACGGCCGCGGCGACAGUUGUGGGUCGUAGGUAUGUACGAUACACGCAGGCGGAAAGCCCUGUUUGAGCAGAUUAACAACCGCAGCUGGGAGGCCCUAAGGCCCGUCAUAAGGAAGUGGGUGGCUGCUGGUAGUGUUAUCGUAACCCAUGAGUGGAAGGGUUACACCCGCCUACCGUCGGAAGGUUAUACGCACUACACUGGCAACCACCGUAGGGGCUUCGUGAAUCUCACAACAGGACGGCAUACGAACGCCAUUGAAGCCUACUGGAGCAGGUUAAAGAGGAAGCUGCAGGAGUCUGGACCUGUCUGUGGCAGAGCAGUGUGGGCCCACCUAGAUGAGGUUCAGUACCGCUUAUGGUUCGACUUAAGGACUGACAACAUGGCAGACUCCUGGGAAACUUUCCUACGACAUUGGGCAGCAGCGUAUCCAAUAGAAGAGAGCCAACGAACGGUGACUGGGUAAGCUAACCAACCGAGGCGCAUAGGGAAGACGUGAAGGCAAGUCUCUGUACUUCCUGCAUUUACUCUCCAUGCCUACCUACAAUGAAUGCAGCGGUUACCUACUGACGAUGGGAAAGCUGGCGAUUGAGGAGAGCCUGCAAACGGCGAUUGGGUAAGCUAAUCAACGAAGCCACCGACGGAAGACAUGCAGGUAAGUCGCCGUACUUCCUCCAUUAAGUCACAAUGCUUGCAUACGGUGAAUGUGGCCGUUUAACGGAUGGCGAUGGGAGAGAUGGUGAUGAAGGAGAGCCAACCAACGACGAUUAGAUAAGCUAACCAACGGAGCCGCAGACGGCAGACGUUAAGGUAAGUCUCCGUAAUUCCUCCAUUAAGUCUCAAUGCCUGCAUACGCUGAAUAUGGCCGUUUAAUGGAUGGUGGUGGAAGUGCUGGCGAUUGAGGAAAGCCAACAAACGGCGAUUAGAUAAGCUGGCCUACGGAAGCACAGACGGAAGACGUGAAGGUUAGUCUAUGGGCUUCGUCCAUUAACUCUCCAUGGCUAACUACAGUGAAUGUGGCCGUUAUCUGCUGGCGAUUAAGGAGAGGCAACCAACGCCAAAUAGAUAAUCUAACCAACGAAGGCGCAGAAGGAAGUCGUGAAGGUAAGUCUCCCUACCUCCUCCAUGUAGUCUCCUUGCUAUCUACAGUCCAUGUGGCCGCAGGUAACGACCGCAUUCAAUUGGAUACGCCUCUGCCCAAUGUCGUAGGAAAGUUUACCAGGAGACUGCCAUAUUGUAGCCGCUUAGGUCGAACUAGAGGCGGUACUGAACCUCAUCUCGGUGGACCCAACACUGUUGUGCCGCAGACAAGGCCAGACUCGUACAGGUUCCUCUUUAAUCUUCUGCAGUAGGCCGCUGUGGCGUUCGUAUACAGACCCAUUGUGGGAUUCUCGACAGUCCUACUGUGGUUGACAGUGUAUUAUGUAUAACCUUCCGACGGUAUGUAGGCGUAACCCGUAAGCUCAUCGGUUACGAUAAUACUACCGGCAGCCACCCACUUUGUUAUGACGGGUCUUAGGACCUCCCAGCUGAGGUUUUUAAUCGACUCAAAUAGGGCUUUUCGCUGCGUGUAUCGUACAUACCGACGACCCACAACUGGCACCGCGGUCGUUCCCCGUUGUACUUGCGUUGACUGCUGAGCGUCUCGUCUAUCUGCACUUCCAAUCCAUGGCAGUAUUUGUACUGACACGUACACUUGCUGCACAGCGCUUGCCGCGCACACUGUUGACGAACUUGUAACAUAUGCGUAGCAGUGGUUGUAGACCGAGCUUGCUGCCAACGAACAAUGACUGCGUCAACAUGCAUCGCCUCCGCCUGCAGUGUCUACAACGGAAUGCAUAACCGUCCGUAUGUGCGGCAACAGUUGCAUCUGCACAGUACGCUGACAUCGGCAUGCUACGGUGGUGACCAGCAACGUCGACCGCUGCAGAUACUGAACGACGCCUGCUGACUGAAGGAGAGCUUGUAUUUCAUCCGCGGCGGUCAGUAUAACCCGCUGAGGACGGCACCUACGUCCACCAGCAGUCGGUGAGGAUCUAGAUGGAGAACUGUGGAAGUUUACAAAACAGCAGGUGUCAACUUCUACAUAUCCCCCACCAUCCGACGAAUUCGCAGAUGGAUAUCGUGAAGGUAAGCAUAUGUACGUACUGCAUUUGCUCUCUAUGCCUAGCGGCAGUCAUUGUAACUAUUACCUGCUGUCGAUGGUUGAGGUGGUGAGCGAGAAGACCCAACCUAACGGCGAUUGGGCAAGAUAACGAACGAAGGCACCGACGGAAGACGUGAAGGUAAGCAUCUUUACUUCCUCCAUUUGCACUCCUAGCCUACCGACAGUGA